GGCUGUAAUAGCACCAUGGAGGUAUUAUACCUCCAUGAAUAGCACUGUGUGCUUGUAUGUGUGUGCGUGCAUUAGAUCUGGUAGGUGAAAAGAAGGUUGCAGUGUGUGUAUGUGCAUUUACCUUCCCCAGCGACUUGUGGUAAGGAUUGAAGGCACGGUCUGAGGCCGUGCCUAUAUCGUCGAAGGGAAGGUACGCGGCUCGACCUUCAUGACUCUUGGAACGGGCCUAAGGCCCGGAUUGUCAAAUCUAACCUUCCCCCUUCCGCGACGGCUCCCCACGAAGGGAGAACUCAGCGCUUUGAUGGCCCUCGGCACCGUUAAAUCGUCCCUCCUCUUCCCCCUACAAGUGCGUGGAACACGGAGGGGUUGGUACGUCGGAAGGUUUAUUUACAUGCGCAUCGCUAUCUUCAUCCUGUUGUUUGUCUGCUGGCGGCAAGGAGCUAUCACCACCUCUCCAAGUUUCCCUGCAUUUAUUUACAAGCAAGUAAUAUGGAGGUGACAAUUGAUGAAAGUUUUACGAGAACCAGCCCCAUUUCCUCUGCGGAGAAGCAGAUGUUGAUUGGGUUGAUAACCCAAGAACCCAUUUUGAAAAACAGAAAAACGGAUGGGAAACUACUUGAGCAAAAGAGACGAGCGUGGGCACGCAUUACCCAACAUUUCAAUGCCCAUAACAUGGGUCCCAAGAGGACGGAGGGACAGCUCAGAAAAAUUUGGGAAAAAAUAAGAGGGCAAAUCAAGAGGACGCACGCCAAAAGCGUGAGAUGUUCAGGACAGGUGGUGGCACCCCUCCCAAGGUACUCACACCUGAGACGGAGCAGGUCCUCUCCAUUCUUGGGACCGAUAUCCAGGAUAUUGGCAACCCCUAUGAUCAUGAUGCCAUGUCAUCUCAGGCAACGUCGCACCGACAUGGUCGACUCAUCCGAUUUACCAAGUCUCUCUUUGUGAGAGAAAAUUCUUACUCAACCGCCCUCUACGAAGUGGUUCAUCUGAAAGAGCCCGCUGCGCCACCUCUACCUACACCAGCAGAAGAGCCGACACUCGAGGAAAGAAACAGUGUGGCCGAACCCGAAGUGUCCUCCUGUCCAUCCUCAAGUGGAAAGAGGAGGCAGCGUAGUGCCAGGAGGGCACUUCAGGACCAUGAACUAUAUGGCACACCAGGAGGAGAAAGUGCUAGCAAUAAGAAAGAAGAAAUGCAGCGGAGAUUUCUGGAGAAGAGGGACGCACUGAUGGACCUAAAGAUGCAGCAAAUGCAGGUUCGUCUUGAAGAAGCCAAGCAGAGGCGGGAAGAAGCCAAGGAGAGGCGGGAAGAAGCCAAGGAGAGGCGGGAAGAAGCCAAGCAGAGGCGGGAAGAAGCCAAGGAGAGGCGGGAAGAAGCCAAGGAGAGGCGGGAAGAGGCCAGACUUUACAAGGAAAUUGCACGGCAAAAAUUACUAGAAUUAAGGAAUAAACAAUAAAAACAAAUUAAAAAUGAGUAUAAUUUUAAUGUAAAUUUAAGUUUAGCUUAGAUGUAGAUAUAAAUAUAAAUUUUACAAUGUAAGAAUAAGUUUAAGUUUAUGUAAAUAUAAUUCUAGAUUAAAUAUACAUAUUAAUCUUAGAUUGUAGGAAUAGGUUUUUGUAAAUAUAAUCUUAGAAUGUAGGAAUAGGUUUAAAUUUAUGUAAAAAUGUUUAAGUAAAAAUAUUGUAUGCCAACUGACAUCAGCGUUUGCCUUGCUAACAUCAUCCAAUUUCUUGCAUGUUUAAGAUAAUUUAAGAAUUUUCAUGUUCUGACUUUUGUGUGAUAUAAAAAAAAAACAAAGGUAAAACUAUAUGGUAGCACCUGAGCUUUAUUUAACAAUUG